AUGCGAAUGGUCCCAGUUUUCUUGCUUUUCUUGACUCUCUUUUGUUUUUGUGGAUCGGAGAAUGCAGCUUCUAAUGCUGAAGAAAACCAGUUUCAGCAGGCUGAGCCUGCCCAGCCAGCUGAGCAAGACACGUACCUCAUAGGAGAAUGCUUAAGCAACCAAUACACACACAAGUCCUGUGAGAAAGUUUUUUGUCACCCAUGGGAACGAUGUGUGGAGGGAAAAUGCCUUUGUAAGCUUCCCUACCAGUGCCCAAAGAAUGGCUCUUCAGUUUGUUCUACCAAUGGAAAGUACUUCCACACUUACUGUCAGCUAAAGAGCUACGAGUGUCAACGUCCUGAAGCAAAGUUUCUGCACAAGGGAAAAUGCACAUCCGAAGAAACAUUUUCAAUAUCUUUGGGCCAUGGAGAUUCAAGUUUGCUUCGAGUAAAACCUGUGAAUCAAAAGAAUGACUUUCUUGUAUGCGAUAGUGAGUGGACUAUGAAUGAAGCAAAUGUGGCUUGCAAACACCUUGGCUUUGAAUUAGGUGCUGAAUAUUACCAAGCCAAUUCCAGCAUCACAGAAUCUGCUUUAAAUUCAUUGCACUGCCUGCAGAUAACUUGCAGGGGCCUAGAGACAAGUCUUGCUGAAUGUCACACAGAGGUGAAAUCAAGAGAUAGUAAUGAGGGAUUGGUUAGCCUCCAGUGCCAUGAACAUCUCAGAGCUUGUUCAGAUAGUGAGUUUCAUUGUGUCAACAAGAAGUGCAUUUCUCUGGACAAAACCUGUGAUGGAAUCAAUGACUGUGGAGACCUAAGUGAUGAACUGUGCUGCAGAGAGUGCAGAGGCAACAGUUUCCACUGUCGGUCAGAUAUCUGUAUUCCAGAUAAGAAUAUCUGCAACAAAGAAAUUGACUGCCUCACAGGAGAGGAUGAAGCUCGAGUUCUCUGUGCAGGUAAAGACAAGGCAAAGAUAAGGGCUGAAAAUCACAGUAUGGAUGAAGAGAGAAAAAUGAUAAAGACACUUCUUCCCAAAGUACACUGCGGUCUUACAAAUCACACACUAACUCGCCGGAAAAGAAUUAUAGGUGGAGAGACUGCAAGAAAGGGUGAAUUCCCUUGGCAAGUGGCAAUUAAAGAUACUAGCAAUGAAGGUGCAACAGUGUACUGUGGAGGGGUUUAUAUUGGUGGCUGUUGGGUUCUGACUGCUGCACACUGUGUCAGGGCAAAUCGAGUUCAUCUGUACCGUGUCUGGGUCGGAUUGUUGGACACAAUACUGUAUGACAGAGAGACAGAUACUUUAAGACUAAACCGACUGAUAAUCCAUGAAAAUUAUAAUGCAUCAACUUAUGAAAAUGACAUUGCUUUGCUGGAGCUGAGAGGUUCUGGGAAAGGAGAAUGCUCCCUGGAUUACAGCACACCUGCCUGUAUCCCCUGGUCAGAGCAUAUGUUCAAGGCUGGUGACAGAUGCAAGAUUUCUGGAUGGGGACUAGAGAAAGGUUAUACCAAGCAAUAUAUCCUCAAGUGGGGCAAUGUUAAUUUAUUUCAUAAUUGUUCCGAACUGUAUCCAGGACGAUUUUUUAAACAAAUGGCAUGUGCAGGUACUUAUGAUGGCUCUACAGACAGCUGCAAAGGCGAUUCAGGAGGACCUCUGGUCUGUUUUGAUGCAGAAAAUGUGGCGUAUGUCUGGGGUGUUGUGAGUUGGGGUGAGAACUGUGGGGAGGCAGGUCACCCUGGUGUGUAUACAAAAAUCGCCAGCUAUUACGACUGGAUUAGCCAUCACGUGAAAAGGAGUCUCAUUUCACGGUAUAAUACCUAA